UUUCUUCCAAGACUUUGAUUUUUGUAGAAACUGUAAAGGACUAUCAUCGAGAUUCAUGGGAGGAUGUUCUGGAAUACAUCAAAACACCUAGAGAAAGAGAUGUUUCUGCAAGGAUUGCAAGAAUCCGUCAAGAGGAGCUCAAGAAAGAAAAGGUUGACACUGAUUCCAAGGGGGCAGAUUCCAAGUCUCAGGAGAUCCUAGAGAAUACCGAUGAGAUUUUUGUACCAGAUCCAGCCAAAAAAGAUGCUCUGAAAGUCAGAGAAUUAGAUUUGAAGAGGAAAGAAAAGAUAAAAGAUCGCCCUGUUAAAGAUAAAAGAACUAAGGAACAAAUUCAACAAGAUGAAGUGAAUGCAAAUUUCUUUGAAGAUGCACCUCCUGUUGAUUAUGAUAUUACAUUCCUGGAAAUGAAUUUGUCUCGAUCAUUGCUGAAGGCUAUAGAUAGUUUGGGAUAUGAAACUCCAACUCCUAUCCAGGCUGCCACAAUUCCUGUUGCCCUUCAAGGCAGGGAUAUUUGUGGUUGUGCUGCCACAGGUACUGGAAAAACAGCUGCUUUUAUGCUCCCAAUUCUGGAGCGACUCAUUUACAGACCACCUGAUGAUGCAGUGACUAGAGUAUUGGUCCUCUUACCAACAAGAGAGUUGUGUGUACAAGUUUUUCAGGUGACAAAGGAUCUGUCAAAGUACACCAGCAUAGACACAGCCUUGUCAGUUGGUGGCUUAGAUCUUCGCACCCAAGUUGCUAGGCUUAAGACCAUGCCAGAUAUUGUUAUUGCGACCCCUGGACGUCUUUUAGACCAUCUGAAAAAUACUCCAAAUUUUGGUAUUGAUGGUGUUGAGAUUUUGGUCUUGGAUGAAGCAGACCGACUGUUGGACGAGCAUUUUGAAGAACAAAUGAAAGAUAUAAUGAAUCAAUGUUCAGCAAAACGCCAAACCAUGCUUUUCUCAGCCACCAUGACAGAUAAAGUUCAGAAGUUAGCUUUAGUCUCUUUAAAAAACCCUGUUAAGGUAUUUGUUGACAGCAACACAGAUGUAGCUCGAAAUUUACGCCAAGAAUUCAUUCGACUUCGUUCUGAGACCAGUAGGGAAGCUGUUUUAGCUUAUUUGGUAACUCGAACAUUCAGCCAUCAUACUAUGGUGUUUGUGCCAAGGAAGACUCUUUGUCACAGAUUUGUUAUCAUGUUGGGGUUCUUGGGUAUAAAAGCAGGAGAACUCCACGCUAAUCUUAAGCAAACAGAGCGUCUUCUUUCACUGCAGAAGUUUAAAGAAGGAGAAAAUGGUGUUUUAAUAGCAACAGAUGUAGCUGCCAGAGGUCUAGAUAUUAAAGGGGUCAAAACGGUUAUAAACUACACUCUUCCAAAGACAUAUGCAAGGUAUGUUCACCGAGUUGGUCGUACUGCGCGUGCAGGACACGGUGGGCGUUCCAUCACAUUAGCUGCUGACAAUGAGUACUCCAUGUUAAGAGAAAUUAAGAAAUGCUCAAAGUCUGCCUUGUUUGAGAGAGUCAUUGACAAAGAUAUCCUAGACGCUUAUACAGCGAAGCUUGUGAAGGUGGAACCAUUGAUUACGAAGGUGUUUGAGGAAGAACAGGAGGAGAAGAAGUUGCGAAUGAUGGAAGAAGCUGUGAAUAAGAUGGAAAAUAAACUUAAAGACACUGAUGAUAAAGGAAAGAAAUCAGAGAGAAAUUGGUGUAAAGAUGAAUUUGAAGACAAAUUAAGUAGAAAACACAUGAGAGCUCAGAGGAAACUUUUAGCAUUUACUUUAGGAAAGAAGAAAGGACCAGGUAAACCAGUUAAACAGUCUGACGAUCCACGUCUCAAGGACAAAAUGAAUCGACAGGUGCAGAGAGCUAAAAAAGCAAUGAAGACUCAGCGAUUACGAACAGAUCAUGAAAAAGAAAUCUCAAGUGCUGCUGACAACUCGAAAAAUAAAAAAGUAAAGCGUAAUAAGAGAAAGGGUUCUUCAUUUGACCAAGAGUUGACAAGUAUUGAUAGAAAAUCUGUGAAGAAGUUCCGAGCUGGACCAUCAUAUGAAGAAAAGAAAGAGGCUUUUGAAAAGAAAUAUCCUGGGAAGAAGUUCAAACCUAUAAGAAGAUAGACAAUUGUAGCUAAACCUGUGCUUUAUAUACUGUUGCAUGAAUAAAUGAAAUGGAUAGCUG